UUUUCUUUUUUUUUGUGAAAAAUGAUUUCUUGGAAGGAUUUGUCCACCGUCUUGAAGGCGGUGAUUCCACUUUAUGUAGCGAUGAUCUUGGCAUACGGGCAUUCCACUGUUGAUCGCCAUGUACGGCCAGGACUCCGGCGGCCUUAUGGUCCUGGUGGCGGUUCUCCAAUGCAUCAUCUAGUACACUCUGCUUCUUUUUCUCUUCGAGCACCGUGGUGCCAAGAUCCUGAUCAUGGAGCAGUUCUCGAAGACUGCCACUCGAUUGUCUCCUUCAAGGUGGAUUCCGACAUUGUCUCACUCCAUGGACGGGAAUUUCUGGAAAUUGAUGCUGAAAUUGUAGAAGACGGGAAGCUUCAUGUCACUUUGAGGAAAUCAAACACUUCUCGUCGUUCCUUCGCAAUGACGCCACGGCCAUCCAAUCUUACCGGUGUUGAGAUAUACAAGCUUAAGUUCAUCCCGGAAUCCAACGCCCAGAGGUUCGAAUUUCAACCAUUCCGAUUUCUAUUCCAUGAUGGGAAUUCAGGGGUUCCAAGAAGACAGUCCAACUUUGGUCCAGCCGAUUUAUACCCUGUUCAAUCAUCAAGAGAGGCCGACUCCGAGACCCUCAAAUUUUGAAGAAAAUUGUACAGCAAUGUCUCUUCAAAAUAUGGUAAUUUCAUUGACAAUUCAGAGCUUGAUGAAGAAGUGACGCUCGAUGAAUUGCAAAUCUUAAAGAAACAGUGUUUAAUUUU